AUGUGUACACCUGUCGUUGACGACCUGUGGAACAAGCCAGCCUAUAUACUGUCUCUCCUACUUGAUGAGAUGCUUAAGCCACAAAACGAACGGACGGAAUGGCUCUUCUGGGUCGACCGCGACACGAUCAUCCUAGACCAAUGCCGUCCGAUAUCGAGCUUCCUCCCACCCCGAGUACGUAACCGAGUUGCUGCCAGCACAAAGGCCCACGGAGAAGCCCCCAGGGACGAAGAUGUACACCUCGUAGCGGCGGACGACUGGAACGGUCUCAACAAUGGCGUCUUCCUUCUCCGCGUCGGGCAAUGGGCCAUUGAGCUCUUCAGCGCCAUCAUGGCCUUCCGGCACUUCAGGCCCGGCACGGAGCUGCGGUUCACGGAGCAGAGCGCCAUGGAGAUCUUGAUAGAGGAGAAGAGAUUCAAAAAGGGGGUACGGAUGGUGCAUCAGACCUGGUUCAACUCGUAUCCUGGCAGCCUCAAGGCGUCCACGUAUCUCGAGGGAGAUGACGAAAAGGGGCUCUCGGAUUGGCAGACGAGACGCGGCGACUUUUUGAUCCAUUUUGCCGGGUUCGGCGAGGAUGACCGCGCAAAGAGUAUGAAAAGCUGGCUGGACAUGUUGGGGACGACACACUUUACACUGGAAGCUGGGAGGGUGCAGAGAAAUGUCACACCGGACAUUGAAGCUUACUGGGAAGAUCUAGAACCGGUAGAAAAGCAGUGA